AAAAGGAAUCUGUUGGUCGUUGCUAGGAAACAGUCACCUUUAUGUGUUUAUUUGAUUUUAUUGAGAAAAAAAAGUUCCAUUGAAGCAGUUUAAUCUGAUCGUUUCAUUGUCGCUGAAGGUGUGAGAAGACCUUCAGUCUUGAUCAUGUAUGGACCCCCGGUGGAUCUAUCGUUUAAAGGUAUCAGCAACACUGAAGCUGCAGUGCUGGAGGUUCCCCGAAGCGGCCGCCGGCCUUUAAGGACCAACUUGCAGCAGAAGUACCACAGCCGCUCGCUGCGUCUGAGCCACAACAGCAUCUCUGAUCUCGCCGGCCUGGAGUACAUCUGUGACCACUUUCUGGCUCAGCCGUCGAGGAUCGGCUGGCUGGACCUGUCGUUUAACCAGAUCACAUCCAUAGACCCGGUCGUGUGCGAGUUGCGGGAACUGCAUCUGUUGUACCUUCAUGGGAACGGCAUCUGGGACCUGUCGGAGGUGGACAAGCUGAGGGAGCUGCAGCAUCUACACACCAUCACGCUACAUGGAAACAUCAUCGAAACAAACAAGAAUUACAGGAAACAUGUGAUUUUUACACUGCCUCACUUGAAGACGAUGGAUUUCAGUGCCGUGACUCGCGAGGAGCGAGUUUUGGCAGAUGUUUUUCAUCAGUACAGCAGAAGUGGAAAAGCUACCAAGAAGAACCCUCAAUGACCGGGAAGUCAUUCAUUUAUUACCUUAAAUGUGAGGUUGUUUGAAUGAUGCCAAUAGCCCCCUGAUAUAAAGUAAUUUC